CACACACGCACCAGCACUUCCUUCCCCAGUUCCACCUGUUGCACACCAAAUCCCAAAUCCUUCACUCUUUCUCCCUCUCCUCCGAGAUCUCAUCAAAAUCCAAUCAUAUAUCAAUGGCAGAAGCAUCGCGAUCGAGCUCCGGCAACCGACGCCAGCCCAGCCGCCUCCAGCGGCGAGCCCCGCCCCCUUCUUCCUUGCAAAUAAACCGCGUCACCGAUUGGAACGUCGCCAUCCCCCUCCUCUCCCCUCUCGUCUCCCCCGAUCAACCAAUCGAGGCCAAAUCUCGAGACGACACGCGGCAGCACCAGCGCCAGCAGAAGGAGCUCCCGCGCCAUCAUCAGCAGGGCGCGGAGGCGGACAAAUCGGCUCAGGUGGCGGUGUUCAAGAAGUGGCAGCACCCGGCGGCUCCGUUUUGCUACGACACGGCUCAGAUGGUCCCGCCUUUCGUUCAGUUUCGUUAGUUAGCCGGAUUCAAUCCGGUUUUUUCCUCAAGGGUUCUGAGGGAAUUUUAAAUAUGUGAAAAGACUCUGUAGAUCUCAUCUAACGGUGUAUGCGCGUUCAUCUUAGUUAAUUCGUGAUCAAACAUGCACCUGAUUUUGCCAACUGUAUCAUACAUAUUUCCCUAUUAAAAUUAUUAAGUCCA